AUGAAUAAUGUUCAAAUCAGGUUUGGGUCUAUGAGAUAUUAUCACGAUAAAGAUCCCCAAGGAACAAACUUGAGAAAUCCUGAUAAUGAUAAGGAUGUGGCAGACAUCCAGUAUGCCAUGAUGUCAAAACCUCAAAUUCAUAAGGAGAAUGAAAAUUAUGUACAUGAAGAUACCGAGGUUGGUAUUGCUAGAGCUAAUGGUGGUAUUAUUAACAACCAUGAUCAUGCAAAGACUCUAGGUGAAUAUGUGAAUGAAAGGUAUUUUACUUCGAAUGGUAAGAAGUAUAGAUUGAUUUCAAAUUAUACGACUACCCAAAUUAAUAGAAGUGUUGAUUUCAUUGGAAUGAUGAAUGAGAAAAAUGCAUCUCUAAAUGGGACUUGA